AUGACCGACGUCGAUGCCUUUCGAGAUGCGGAGUACAUCGCUGACGUGUCCGGUAUCUCCCUCGAGGGUGACGACUCGGGGGCGCCGGGACCACUGCCAGUCAGCGGCCAGAAGAGCCGCGUGAAGAAGCUCCAGUCCGCAGCGAAAGUCGCCUUCAUCGACCGGCUCCUUCGAGACCUCGAUAUUCUCAUAUACUGUCAAUUAUCCGCCUUAUACUACAUGGAUUGCUCUUUAAUCCUAUUUGCGCUUCGUGCCAUAGUCGAACUUAUCUUCUUCUCGCCAAAAGCCCCACCCUUCGAUCCAACGCGCAACCAACCCUUCGUCGGCGCAAUAAUCGCAAGCAACCUCUUCUGCAUGAUCUUCCACGCCCUCGUAAUCAACCCCCAAGCCAGUGAAGAAACACGCGGCUAUCUCCACGGCGGUUUAUUCAUCGACUUCAUUGGCCAAACCCCCGUCCCAGCCCUACGACUCAUCUCCUUCGACAUACUAAUCUUCCUCAUCGAUUUUAUCAUGCUGGCCCUGAUAAUCGAGCGAGUGAAGACGGCAGGGCCAACCAACACACCCACAACGAACACAGAACAAACCACUACUACAAGUCCAGACUCCAAUGCCGCCCAACCUACUGCCCAAGACCACGAUGCGGAGGAGCGGGGCAUGAUGCGGGGAACAGACGAUACUGAGACGGAGGAAUCGGGAUCGGAAUCAAAUACACCAACCCCUCCGCCCGUCACGGAAAUAGACGACGAUGUAAACGAUGAACGAACAACGCUCCUCGCAGAACCAGGCGAAAGUGACGCGGUGUAUACGCGCGACGGCCACCCGCUCGAUACCUUCUCCGCAGGACAGGCCGUGGUUGUGGAUAUGGGCUUUUUGGGCACAAUACGAGAUCAAUGGAAGCAUUCGGCGACUACGCAGCGCUCGUCAGCGGGAUACGUUCCGUCACCGGAGACUGCGACGUUCUUGCGGCAGCGGUUUGGUCUGCAGGUUGGGAUUGAUGGACGAAUUGCGCGAGUGGACCGAUAG